CUUCCUGCCCAUCCAUCACGAUAUCCAUCACCAACAGCUCCCAGCACCCCAAUCCAACUCACCUCACUCACCCAAUCCACCCAAAUCACUCAAAAUGACUGGAGGCAAAUCCGGAGGCAAGGCCAGCGGUGCCAAAUCGUCUGCGCAAUCCCGAUCCAGCAAGGCCGGUCUCGCAUUCCCCGUCGGUCGUGUCCACCGUCUCUUGAGGAAGGGCAACUACGCUCAGCGUGUCGGUGCUGGCGCUCCCGUCUACCUCGCCGCCGUGCUCGAGUACCUGGCCGCCGAAAUCCUCGAGUUGGCCGGCAACGCCGCGCGUGACAACAAGAAGACCCGUAUCAUCCCCCGUCAUCUCCAGCUCGCGAUCCGCAACGACGAGGAAUUGAACAAGCUCCUCGGCCACGUCACAAUCGCCCAGGGCGGUGUCCUCCCCAACAUUCACCAGAACCUCCUCCCCAAGAAGACUUCCGGCACCAAGGGCAAGGCCAGCCAAGAGCUGUAAACGCCUUCGCUUCGCUACUCUCAAGUUUUCACUUUGCACAAGAUGGGUUCACAGGCGUCAUGAAGGGAUGGGGGGUCGGCUUUGAUUGUGUGAUGAUAAUGCCACUCACAUCAAUCGGCUCGGGCAGGGGGGGCUCUAUGAAGCGGGGAGGCGCUGCUUUCUCCCUCGUGUGUUUUCUCUUAUCUCUCUGCAGCUGAUCCGGGCGGGGUUGUACAUUACGAGCGUGCGCGCGCGCGCGUGCGCCUCUCAGAGAUAAGUAGUGGUCGCUGGUGGUGGUUGGACUACGCGGCCAUCGAUCGGAGACAGCCACUUUAACGAUGAUACCAUAUGCAAUUCCAGCACUCUGAUCAGAUGGUCACACCUCUUCGCCUCUUCUUCUUUCAA